AUGGCCGAUCCCGUGGGCCAAGUCGGGACAACCCACUCACGGUCCUCCGCACCACGGGUCCGCCUCACCUGCGAAGCAUGUCGCCAGCGCAAAGUGAAAUGCGACAAGUUGAGUCCUUGUACAAGCUGCCAGCGACUUGGCCUCGUGUGUAUUCCUGUGGAACGUGCGCGUCUACCCCGCGGCCGCGCGCGAAAGCCUGAGCGGAUUGUAGGCUCGGACAAGGAACUAUCCGAGCGGGUAGCGAGACUCGAGAAACUUCUAAAGAUAGUUGCAAAUGAACGAGGUGAUGAAUCGCAUAUUUCCUCCAUUGUCCAUGUGCCUUCGCAUUCAUCCACACAGCAGGAAUCGGUGGCGGAGGCCAGCACGACCGGUCCUGAUACUCACCAGGAUCACGACUACUUGCCCGGUGCAGCCCAGCCACAUCUUCCCCGCCCUUCAACUGCGUAUGUGGGGGGUCCAUUUUGGGAGGAUAUCAUGCAGCAAACCCAGGAAUUGCGCAGUGUCCUGGAAGAUCGUCUAGAAAAUGAAAACCACGAUAUCAAAGAUUCAGCGUCUGGUUUUGGUGUGUCGGUUCUGAGCUCAGAAAGCCCCGACAGUUCGUCGAACUCACCCCAGGCCAACAGUCGAUUAAAUCUUCAACCCCAAAUCCGGCACAGGUUAUGUGAUAUUUUCUUCCGCAAUGUCGAUCCUCUGUUCAAAAUCCUACAUCGGCCGUCGCUCCAAGCAUUUAUUAGGGAUGGCAAGCCUUAUCUUGACUAUGAGCAGGAUCACCAGGCACCAGCCACCCUUGCUUCGGCUAUUUAUCUUUGCGCUGUUUGUACUCUUGACGAAGUGGAAUCUCAGUCAAUGUUCAACACGAGCAAGAAGAUAAUAGUCGCAGAAUUCCAAAAAGAAACCGAAUCUGCACUCGCAAAGGCGGACUUUGUCACGACGAACGAUCUCACUGUUCUGCAAGCUUAUAUUAUCUCUCUGCUCGCCGCACGAUCUCAAGACCAAAGUCGAAGGGUCUGGACUAUGUUGAGCAUGGCACUCCGAGUAGGGCAGGCAUUAUCUCUCCACAUGCCCCAGCCGCCAUUCACCGUACGCCCUUUUGAGCACGAGAUGCGCAAACGAGCAUGGCUGGGAAUCGGCCUUCUCGAUGUAGCAGCCUCCCUAGACAGGGCAUCCGAGCCGAUGAUGCAAUCAGCAUGGCUCGAUUACAACCCGCCUUUGAACAUCAACGACGAGGACCUAUGGUUUGACAUGACAUGGCCAAUCUCCGAACACACAGAAGGCACAUUUACCGACAUGACGCAUACCUUGGUUAGCGCAGCGGCUGCGUCCGUGACUCGAACUCUUGCAUUUUCGGACGUCACAGAGCCAGCCGUAACUAUCAUGAGUUUGCGGCAGCAAGUCGUCCACGAUUUCCAACAAAAGACGUCAGUACUUCUGGGAGGCUGCAGGCCCGACCUGUCGGACUUCCAGUGGUACGCGCAGAAGACAGCAUGUCUUAUGGGUAGCUGGCUGCAGCUAGCAUGUCUCCGGCCGCUGCAACGCAGCUAUAAUUUCAUACCCCCGAAAAUCCAGGAGAAUGCUCUUCUCAAAAUCGCAGCUGAUAACCUGCAGUGCUCGCAGGAGGUAUACAACCACCCAGGUUCCAGGUCCUGGCGGUGGUACCAGUCGAUGUGGGUUCCGUGGCACGCAUUGGCCGUGGCUCUUGCCGAACUCUGUGUCUGCAAAAGUCCCACGGUGAUGUCAAAGUACUGGACAGUCGUUGAAGAUGUCUACCACCGCUCGCGGCUCGUAAUUGCAGAUUCUCAACAGGGCAUGCUCUGGAAACCUUUAGAGAGGCUCAUGUCACAGGCGAAAACGCAAAGAAAUCAGCUUCUCGGUAUUGAUGCCUCUCGCCAAGAAUACUCUUUUGACGGCAUUUCUCCCGAGCUUUUCUCGGAACAAUCUGAACGUCAACAGGAUCUUACGAACUUCUCGCUUGAUUUGAGAGAGGCCGUCGAUGGACCACGAGACUCGCACGUUGCAGAAGUGCCGACUUCCUUUGCGCCGGUGCCCUGGCCCAAUGUGUGGGAUGCGAUGGAUUUCAGCGACCCGACUCUGCAAAGUAGCUCCGAUGACACGGCUUGGUUGAGCUAUGAGAACUUUAUCGACAAUGUCUACGAUAGCGUCGAUUCCAUUUUCUUGCCACGGUGA